UCAGCCUUCACUGAGUCUUCCAUCCCUGCUCGGCCUCAGAAUGAAUGGUUUGUGACAACACUGAGGGCUUCUGUGAUGGGAGGGGAGGGCUGGGGCUGCCCAUUCAGGAGAGAGGCAGGGCCCUGCCUGCCUGCGAGGGAGGGGCUGCCUCAGGCCCCCGCCCAAGCGUCCCAGGGCCUUGCCCGGCUCCACCUGGGCUUGGUGUGGCCUCUGUGGCUGUAGUGCAGUGAGGGCCGCCGGAGUCCUAGGCACACGCACUUGUUCCAAAGCGCCUCUCCAGUCAAAGCCUGCUGACUUGGGCGAGGCACCCUGGCGGGGAAGGACAGAUGAGAAAACAGGCCCAGAGAAGUUAAAUGACUUGCCCACAUCACGCAGCGAGUAGAUGGGAGUCAGGAUUUGAGCUCAGGCGGCUGGGCUCCAUACUUCAUGACGCUCCCAGCCACUGCUACGCUGGAGGAGUUAAAUAGGCAACGUGCUUGUGUAAACGGUUGGAGCACAAAUUUUAAGUGAGCUUUGUUGAGGACCGUGAGUUUGCCUGGGAGGCUUCCCAAAGGUUUCCAGGCAGCUGGUGGCUCCGCCCCGCCCUUAUCGCAGCCCCCAGCCCCGCCGCCUCCCCACACCAGCUUCCCCCCGGCCGUGCUGAUUCACUCGCCUCUCCGCACCCACACCCCAGCCAUGGCCCUGUGGCUGCAGCUGCUGCCUCUGCUGCUCUCGCGGGCCCAAGGGGACCCCGGGGCUUCUCUGGACGGCCGCCCUGGGGACCGGGUGAAUCUCUCCUGCGUGGGGGUCUCGCACCCCAUCCGCUGGGCCUGGGCGCCUAGCUUCCCGGCGUGCAAGGGUCUGUCCAAAGGACGCCGCCCAAUCCUGUGGGCCUUGCCAAGCGGGAUCCCCACCGUGCCUCCCCUCCAGCCCUUCGCCGGCCGCCUCCGCUCCCUGGACCCUAGUAUCCAGCGGCUGGAGCUCCUCUUGAGCGCGGGGGACUCGGGCACCUUUUUCUGCAGGGGCCGCCACGAGGACGAGAGCCGUACGGUGCUUCACGUGCUGGGGGACAGGGCCGACUGCAGGGCCCCCGGGACUACCCCCGCGUCCGUGUAUCCCCAGCUCCUGAUCCCGCUACUGGGCGCUGGGCUGCUGCUGGGACUGGGAGCUUUGGGCGUGGUCUGGUGGCUGCGCAGGCGCCCGCCCCCGCCCCCGCUUCGACCACUCCCCAGAUUUGCUUCACUCUUGAAAGCCGAGCCUCCGAGGCCAGUAAAGGAGGAGGAGCCCGGGAUUCCAGGGUACCUGGACCAGGAGCAGAGCCUGCUCUACGCGGAUCUGGACUACACGGCCCUCCGAAGCCCUCGCCGGCUGUCCACAGUGGCUCCUGCUGACGCUGCCACCGUCUAUGCAGUUGUAGUUUGAAGGGAAGCCUUUACUCCAAGCCUCCCAAGCUGGGGCUCCCAGCUCUCCAUAAUCCCUUUCCCCUCUUUGGCCCCUCACCUGGAAGAGGAAGGCACCAUGGGAUAGAAGUGAGCACUAGACGGGGAGUCAGGAGACCUGCGCCCCAGGCUAUCUCUGCACUGAUCUUCUCCCUCACUUACUCCAUCUCUCCUUUAAUUCCCAUGUCUGCUUCACCACUGGUGUCCUUUCUAAACCAGAUCAAGCCCAAUCUCCCUAUCUUUAUUUAAUUUUUAAUUUCUAUUUAUUUAUUUUUAAUCUCUUGUGCCCUGGUUCCACAGAAGAAUGUCUCCAUCUUAAGACAUCAGUAUCUCGUAGACUGUUGCCCUAUCUCUUCCCUCCCCUCACAGUCAAGCUUUUUGAACCAGGGGCAUACAUGUGUCUCUUCCAUGUUCUUCUUCACUCCACCCCACUGCUCAUCUGCUGAAAUUGCUCAUCUGCUCUGUCUCCAUAAGGUUGCCAGUGAUGCCCGAAGAGCCACACCCAGUAGACAUUUUUUAGUAUGUGUUUGGCUUGGCCUUUGAUUAUUCCCUUCUUUAAGCUGUUUUUCUUUGCUGCUCAUGUCUUCCUUUUGGACUCCUCUUCCUUACUCCCUAUCUUCAGAGUAUUCCCCACCAAUCUAGGUUUGUCCCCUUCUCCCAACCCUGUUUUUCUGUUUUGUUUUGUUUUUUGAGACAGAGUCUUGCUCUGUGCAGUGGCAUCAUCACAGCUUUUAGC